CUCUUCCUCGCCACUCUUCAACCGACAACCAUAGCUAGAAGACCACUAUGUUUAUCCUUCUAGUGUGCUUAGUAGCGGUCGCCUACAGCCAUGCUCAGGCUCCUGAAGGAGCAGCUCCACCAGCUCCUCUUCCUCCUCCAACAUGGUUCCUUGAGACAACCCUAGUCGGAACCUUCGGAGAGAGAUCAGCUCAGUGUGAGGAACUGUUCCCGGAGUACAAGGAGACUGCCUCCAACGGUCCCAUCUUUAUCCCUGAGGACUCUGAUGCUGAUAUCUGCAUCAACUUCCCUCCCCGUACCCUAGAGGACGGUAGGGAGCUCAAGGGAGGAUGGAGACACGACAAGGGAGCCAAGGGAGCCUGUGCCAACGGUUGCUGUGAGUUCCAGCCUCCUACCAAGGCUGCUCCUGCCAAGGUUGACCAUCCCAGCUGGUUCGAGACUUCCUCUGACUGCUCUGAUGACAAGAAUGUUGUUAAAGGAGCUCCUAUUCUUUUCAAGGGAAAGAACGGAGAUGAGAAGACUGUCUGUGUUGCUGGAGAGGACGGAUACGUCCUUACUCAGGGUAGUAUUGGAAACUGCGGAGGAGAUUGCUGUAUUUUCUACGGGAAGGAAGAGUAAGAAUUGAAACCAUCUAUGAAGAUAGACCUACUGUGAUUUUACCGGUGCUUGAAAAUUAUAAAAUGUUUAUAUUGUCAAUCAUUGGGAGCUACGUAUUUAAUAUAUAAUUCUAAGAUGAA